AGGUCAGGGGAACCACGCAUGUGCCAAACUACUCCAGCAACACUAAUAAACUCCACGGUCCUUAUAUGGUUAAUCCUACAUUGUUAGUUUACUUUUUAACAGACAGCCCAAUCCACUAGAGAAACUAUGAUGUGUUUAAUAAUUAAUCUCGGCAUGUCGAUGAACGUUAGAUUAAGAUUGAAGAGGUGAAGCGUUAAAGGAGGUGCGACAGUUCUCUGACGGCUCGGUGCUGCUCUUCUGAGGGCUAUCAUUGUGAAGUUUGGGGGUUUAUUCUGUUUUGGUUCAUCACGCGUUGUUUUCAUGAUGUUGGGCGCGUUGAAGAGGACAUUAGGACUUGCGAUCAGACAGGCUCAGCCUCAGCUGUUGUCUCGAGGCAGAAGCUCACAGCUGCCAUGGAGACACGAGAUGCAGACCAGCGCCAGUGCUGCACGCUCGGUAACUUUCCAGUCCCUGGAAGACUGCCUCGUGCUCAACUAUGGAGGGACACGGAUGCAUCUGAACUACGUGUGGCUGCGGGAUCACUGCCGCUCUGCGUCUGAAUACAACUCCAAGACCAACCAGAGGAACCUGGACACCGGCAGCAUAGACCUCAACAUCCGUCCUGCUAAUACUACCGUGCAAGAUGGCGAUCUUGUCCUCACGUGGCCUGGAGGUCACGUGUCACAGUACAGCCUUAGCUGGCUGGCUGAGAACAGCUAUGAAGGACAGAAGCAGAACACCAUCCAGCCGCGCGUCCUCUGGAAUUCAGACAUCUAUAAAAACGCAAACAUACCCUCUGCCAAAUGGGACAUUUUUAUGAGCUGCGAUGUUGAAGUAAAGAAGUUUCUUCAAAACUAUCUUCUUUACGGGGUCGCUUUUGUAGAUGACGUCCCGGCUACAGUGGAGGCCACAGAGGCAGUGACCCAGAGAGUCAGUCUCAUCAGGGAGACUACAUAUGGAAGAAUGUGGUCUUUUACUUCAGAUUUCUCCAGAGGAGACAGCGCCUACAGCCAGCUGGCCCUGGACCGUCACACUGACACCUCGUACUUUCAGGAACCAUGUGGAAUCCAGGUUUUCCAUUGCCUCAAGCAUGAGGGAACUGGGGGAAGGACGCUACUUGUGGAUGGGUUCUACGCCGCGGAAAAAGUACGCCAGCAGUCUCCGGAAAACUUUGAGCUGCUCGCCAGCGUGCCCAUCAGGCACGAGUACAUUGAAAACUCCGACAACCACCGAAACCACAUGAUAGGCGUCGGCCCCGUGCUCAACGUCUAUCCAUGGAACAAUGAACUGUACCUGAUCCGAUACAACAACUAUGACCGAUCAGUGAUAAACACAAUGCCCCAUGACCUUAUUCAGCGAUGGUAUGUGGCGCAUCGAGAGUUGACAACAGAAUUAAGGCGGCCAGAGAACGAGCUGUGGGUGAAACUGUCUCCAGGGAAAGUGAUUUUCAUAGACAACCAGCGUGUCAUGCACGGGAGGGAGGCUUUCACCGGCCUGAGGCAGCUCUGUGGAUGCUAUCUGACCAGAGACGACAUCCUCAGCUCUGCACGCUGCUUCGGUCUGCAGGCCUGAUCCUGGACAUGAAGGUCCCUUCACCUCUGUGCCGUAUCAGUUAGUCUAAAGGUUCACGGUUCAUUUAUUGUCACUCUACUAGUGAGCAACAUCCAGGUCUGAAAAGUGAAGCCAAUGUGGAAGUGCCUUAAACUUGCAUUCUUUCUAAUAGCCAGCAGGGGGCGACUCCUCUGGUUGCAAAAAGGAGUCUAAUAGUAUAGAAGUCUAUGAGAAAAUA